CACUCUAGAUCGUCAGUAAAGUCUAUUAAUACAGUAAAAAGAAAUAUUUGUAUCACGUUUUCUUGUUUAAGUCUUUUCGCCCGACACAUUUGAAGCACGUUCGAUUUCCGUGCUGAUGCUGCACACCCGCACAGCGAUGGCAGUUGGACACUGACACAUGCUACAGCACUCUGAGGCGAAAGACAUUAAUACUGGGGCCGAGAGAAGACACAUAUUAACAAAAUGUCUCGGCACAGAAAUGUCCGAGGCUACAACUACGAUGAAGACUUUGAAGAUGACGACAUGUAUGGACACUCUGUGGAUGAUGACUACUGUAUAUCACCAGCAACAGCGGCCCAGUUUAUCUACUCACGUCAAGAGAGGCAACCACCCAAUGUGGAGCCUGUAGAGGAGGAAGAAUAUGAGGAUGAGGAGGUACCUAUGUCCCCUACCAUCAGCCAUAAUCUUGACCCUCUUGAUCAAGCCAAGCUGUACUCAUGUCUGGACCAGAUGCGGGCUGUGCUGGGAGAUACAGUGCCAGAUUCAGCCUUGAUCCAGGCAGCCAUGAGAUGUGGUUUCGACCCACAGAGGGCACUGGAUGCAGUGCUAGCUGAAGACACUGAUUCAGCUACAGUCACAAGAAGUACCAACAAGGAGACGUCAUCGGUACCGAGAGCUAACCAGGAGAAAGCAGCACCAGCACAAAGAUCCAAUAAAGACACUUCGGUUGUCCCACCCCGAGAAAAAGGUAAAGGCAGAGAUGUUUCCCAGAACAAGCUGGACUCAGAAGUGGUAACCAAAGUGGCCCGCAUGACUGUCUCUGGCAAGAAGCAGACCAUGGGCUUUGAUGUUCCCAGCACAGGGGAAAAUGGUGUUGUUACAACUUCAGUACGUCGAGGUGGCAGCCCUGAAGAUGUGACCAUUACACCUGCUUCAGAGGCCACCUCGAAACGUCCUGAGACCCCAGUGAAAGGGUCAACUGGAGGAGAUGAGCCGGCUGCAGUGCCCACCCCAGGGCGCACCCCAGGGAAGGCCAGGCAGCAGAUCAAUAUCAAGGCAGAACUGGAGAAGAGACAGGGUGGCAAGCCUCUGUUGAACUUAGUGGUUAUAGGCCAUGUGGAUGCAGGUAAGAGCACACUCAUGGGCCACCUGCUGUAUCUGCUGGGCAACGUCAACAAGCGCACCAUGCACAAGUAUGAGCAGGAGUCAAAAAAAGCCGGCAAAGCCUCCUUCGCCUACGCCUGGGUCCUGGAUGAGACCGGGGAGGAGAGAGACAGAGGUGUAACAAUGGAUGUGGGCAUGACCAAGUUUGAGACAAACUCUAAGGUGGUGACUCUGAUGGAUGCACCAGGACACAAAGACUUCAUACCCAACAUGAUCACAGGAGCUGCACAGGUGUUGAGGUCUACCCACCUUGAUGAGUAUUUCAACAUGGGAAGAAUACAGUAUAUGGCUGAUGUGGCGGUGCUGGUAGUGGAUGCCAGCCGAGGGGAGUUUGAGGCUGGCUUUGAGGCAGGUGGUCAGACCAGAGAACAUGGACUGCUGGUCCGUUCGCUGGGUGUCACUCAGCUGGCUGUGGCUGUCAACAAGAUGGACCAGGUGAACUGGCAACAAGAGCGCUUCCAGGAAAUCCUCUCCAAACUUGGUCAUUUCCUCAAACAGGCCGGCUUCAAGGAGACUGAUGUUUGUUACAUCCCCACCAGCGGACUGUCAGGAGAAAACCUCACUAGCAGGAGUUCAGUUCCACAGCUCACCUGCUGGUACUCUGGGCCCUGCCUGCUGGAGCAGAUUGAUGCCUUCAAACCUCCCCAGAGAUCUGUAGACAAGCCUUUCAGACUGUGUGUCUCAGAUGUGUUCAAAGACCAGGGUUCAGGCUUCUGCGUUACUGGGAAGAUAGAGGCAGGAUGCAUUCAGACUGGAGACAGAAUACUGGCUAUGCCUCCCAAUGAGACCUGCACUGUCAAAGGCAUCACUCUGCAUGACGAGGCUCUAGACUGGGCUGUAGCAGGUGACCAUGUCAGCCUGACAGUCACUGGCAUGGACAUCAUCAAGAUCAAUGUUGGCUGUGUGUUCUGCGAUUGCAAAGAGCCAAUCAGAGUGUGUACCCGCUUCAGAGCCCGGAUCCUCCUGUUUAACAUUGAGGUCCCCAUCACACAAGGCUUCCCUGUAUUAUUACAUUACCAGACUGUCAGUGAGCCGGCCACCAUAAGGAAGCUGGUCAGUGUUCUACACAAAAGCAGUGGCGAGGUCCUCAAGAAGAAACCAAAGUGUUUGGGGAAGGGCAUGAAUGCUGUUGUGGAGAUCCAGACACAGAGGCCGGUGUCACUGGAGCUGUACAAGGACUACAAGGAACUGGGCCGCUUCAUGCUGCGCUAUGUAGGCUCCACCAUUGCUGCAGGGGUGGUCACUGAGAUCAAAGGAUGACGACCGUUUUCAUCCAGACAGUCAAAGCCACAUCUGGAGACUGCAUGCAGCUGGAGACAAAGUGCAAUUCUUUUAAGCGACGUGUCGUUCAUGACCUCAGAGCGUCACAUCCAUCCAUUUCUUUGAGUGCAGUCGCUCCUUCACCUAACUGCUCUGACAAACACUAACUACACACAUACGUAACAAUCCUGUGGCAACGAGCUGACAAAGCAUCCACCAGCAGUCAGACUGUCCAAGUGAUGCAGAGCACCAGCUACAGCUUCCUCCAUGCAAACCAAACCGACUUCACACCCCUCCUCUCCCAACAGUGUCAAAAGGGCAGCCCACAAACCUUACUGUAUUCACCUUUAAGGAUAUGCAAGGAGUUUUUUUCCUUCUCAUUGUAAACCAAAAUCUUUUCACUGCAUUCUAACCUGAACAAAUUUAAUUUUUAAUCCAGACAGCAAUGGAAGUACUAGAUGUUUCAAGUUAUCCAUUUUGCAGGAGUCAAAGACAAACUGUUGGAUAUUUAGGUUGAUAUUUCAGUUUUUAAAUGCCAUCGCUGAGCUGAAAGGUCUUACUCUGAGGUGGAGUAGUCUGUGAGCAGAAAAAGGGAAACUUAAAUUUUUGUCCAUCUGGAUAAAGUGACAGAAUUCUGUCUUCUGGUUUGUUAGGAAUCCCAGCAACUCUCAUAUUUAUGCCGCUAGGAGUCACUUUUGUUAACAAAACAUAAAUUGUUUAAAUGUUUUCUUUUCAGCAUGAAAAUGGUGUUAAGGCUGAUAAGGACUGAUAUUUUGAUUCCUAUCCAGAACUGAGUUGAGUAGCAGAGGGGGAGUUUGGAGGAGCUGUUUUUCCAUGUGUCAGACAUGCUGAUGGUGAUGGUGCAAAUAAAGAUGAUGUGACAUGAACCUGA